UGUUCACUUGAAAGAAAAAUGGCGUCAAGAAUCGCCAACUGUUCCUAAAAGUCAGAAACCUACACUUGGAGAUUCAGAAAGUUCCAAAGCUGUGAGUGAAAACAGCGAGAACAACAACAGUGGAACUGUUGAAAAGGCACCUCUCGCCAGGAACAAUUUCCUCACCAAUGAGUCCACCUUCGCCUCCACCAAGGCCUGCCCCACCUUAACCAGGUGGGGAUUAUCCACGGGUGGGCUCUUUCGCAAAUGGUUCUCAGUCAUUUUGCAAUCCUACUCCAAUGAUGUCCAGUGUCCUUGAGCCUUCACAAUUUGGAACAAGUAUUCUGCAGUCCACAAUCUUAAUGGUCACUGUCUUCGCCCAGACAUUGAUGUAUCUGCCAUUUUAAAGACAAGACAGUCUUACCAGCAGUAGAACCUGAAAGGAACAAUGAACAUGAAAAGAGACUCCCAAGAGAUGCAGAUAUUCUUGUUGGCCUACCUCACAGCAAAGAUGGCGAAUAAUAGCCAGAAAUUUGAGGUGGGGGUGGAGGGGUGUAUUUUAUCAGUGAUGGAGGAAGAGGAGCAGCUAUGUAAGGAAGACCGUGAGAAGAACAAGCAGCUUGAUGACCAGCUCGAUUUACAGGUCAGAGCGCUAACUCCUGUGGCUGAUGCUGUCAAGCAGUUCACAGAGAAAUUACAAGCCUUUUGCCACCGCAGUCGACACCCACGUCAUGAGCUGCCAGUGAAGAACUUCUUCAUUGAGGGGGACAGAAUUAUGUUUCUGGGAUUUCCUUCUUCACGGGGGUCUUUCAGAGUUGGUGGAGCUGUCAUCGCUGGUCAGUCACCAGACCGUUCAGAUUCAGCAGUUCUUGGAGGAGCUUGGCUUGACCAAAAAUUGCCCCAAACAGUGAAGCAGCAUUGGAGAACGUUGUAUAGCAUUUCCCACUCCAGAAGGAGAGGACAGCCCGUGGAAAGGGAUUUUAGGCAACACCACAACCAGGGGGUAUGGCGAGAAGUGCAAGAGGAGAGGAGGCAGGAGUCCAUCCCCAGGGGUGUCUGCCUGUCUAUGUGCCCUAUCCGCGAGCUGCAGGACAGGGAGGCCCAGAACUUACUGCACCGAUUUGAGGUGUUGUCGGGUACUGAGCGGGAACGCUGGCCCAGGGCUGACCCCUCAGGUGUGGUAAAGGAGUAUGCUAGACCUGCAGCAGGGAAGGACUCCACUCGACCUAGUGACCUGCGACCACCAGCUGUGCUGCUAAAGACUGUGUUCUACCUCGUCGACAACAUCGCUGCCUCCCCCACACUGCGUCCAUGGACCGAGGUGUAUGAUUUUGUCUUUGACCGGCUGCGCAGUGUGAGACAGGAUAUGAUCAUCCAGAGGGUGUCUGGUGCUGACUGUGUGGCCGUGCUGGAGAGGACAGUCCGCUUCCUGAUCUACGCCUCCUACCGGCUGUGUGGGGAGCCCCUGCGCCUCUACGACCCCCGCAUCAAUGAUACCCACCUGCAGGAAAGCCUCAGCUGGCUGCUGGAAUGCUACACCAGUGGAAAGCACCCCAACCAGGAGGAGUUCCAGGCUCUCGGUCUCCUCUACAACCUGGGUUCAAGCCGUGCCACACAGCACACCAUGGAGCUGCCAGAGCGGAUACGCUCCUCCCCUGUCAUGCAUCUGGCCCUGUCAGUGAGCCGGGCCUUCAUGGAACGCAACCCUGUACGACUCCUCCGAUUGGCCCACAGUCUGGACUUCCUGCAGAGCUGUGCCCUGCACCGGCACCUAGAGACCUGUCGCAGAGACCUGCUGCUGAUCUACAGCCACGGACACAGCAGCAAGAACUGCCGCUUCCCCCUCCACAAGCUGGCCCACAUCCUGGCCCUGGAUGUCCCCCUCACCAACCAGCUGUGCCAGGCCCAUGGGGUGGAAGUCCGUGGGGACUAUGUGGUCUUCUCCAAGACCUCCUUCACUGAGCCAGAGGCUGGGAAGCUACAGUGUGCACACUUUCAUGAUCUGGUGGACAGGAAGCAGAGGGAUCUCACUGUUGGUAGCAUCAUUCAUGGCUGCACUUGAUAUGACCAGACAUGGACAUUGGAUAAACUGCGGCCUGCCUGCUCCAAGAAGACUGAGAUGCACUUGAUUUUAUAGAUUUUAAAGUUUUCGAAAUAAACUUGUUUUAAAGUGAUUUGUGAAUAUUCCCUUAACAUCGACACCUGUUACAUUUACACAUAAAAAUGUUGUGAUUAUAAAGUUGCCCUUUUGGACAAAUCAAACAUUUGAUUAUGAUAGAUCAGCGAUCACACAAGAAAUGUAUGCCAUAUAGAGAACCACAUGAAUUACCAUGUUUUAUAUACUGUAUCUAUAAUUGUUUUUGACUUCUGCUGCCUUUGGUUUUAAAAUAAAGCAUUUAUUUUUUGAAGA